CUAAACUACUCCCCUUGCUCUCCCCCCUCUCCCUUUCUUAUUAUUCUCUCUCUAUAGUUUCCAACAAUGGCUUCCCUUCAUUAUCCUCCAUUUCCAUCUGGGCUAGAGAUUGAAACGACGACGUUAGAUGUAAAAGAAGCAUCAAGUUGUCCAACAAAGACGAAGAAGAAGAAGGAUGAUAUUGAUGGAGGAGAGGAGAAGGGGAUAUGGCUGACGUGGAAGGAUGUGUGGGUGACAGCUUCUUCAAGUGGGAAGAAGAAGAAAGGGGUUAAUGGAAGCAGAAAAAUACUGGAAGGUCUCACUGGUUAUGCAAAACCAGGACAGCUUUUGGCCAUUAUGGGUCCUUCGGGUUGUGGCAAGUCUACUCUUCUUGAUACUUUAGCAGGGAGAUUGGGUUCAAACACAAGGCAAGCAGGGGAAAUUCUUAUUAAUGGCCACAAACAAGCACUUGCUUAUGGCACCUCGGCGUAUGUGACCCAAGAUGAUACUUUGCUCACAACCCUAACAGUUGGAGAAGCAGUGUACUAUUCAGCUGAGCUUCAAUUACCAGACACAAUGUCCAAGGAAGAGAAAAAGGAGAGGGCAGAGUUCACAAUAAGAGAAAUGGGUCUGCAAGAUGCCAUUAACACCAGAAUCGGCGGAUGGGGUUGUAAGGGAAUAAGUGGAGGCCAAAAGAGGAGAGUGAGUAUUUGCAUAGAGAUCCUGACACGUCCAAGACUUUUGUUUCUUGAUGAACCAACCAGUGGACUUGACAGUGCAGCCUCGUACUACGUCAUGAGCAGAAUCGCCAGCCUUGAUCGAAAGGAUGGGAUCCAGAGGACCAUUAUUGCAUCCAUUCAUCAACCUAGUACUGAAGUGUUUCAGCUUUUUGAUAAUCUGUGUCUUCUUUCUUAUGGAAGAACUGUGUUCUUUGGUCCUGUUUCUGCAGCAAGUGAGUUCUUUGCUUCAAAUGGGUUUCCUUGUCCUGCUCUCCAGAAUCCAUCCGAUCAUUUCUUGAAAACUAUAAAUAAUGAUUUUGAUGAUCAGCAGGACAUUGAACUGGGCUUCGUUGGAACUCAAAGAAAAACUACAGAAGAAGCAAUAGAAAUGCUUGUGAAAUCAUACAAGUCUUCUAAUUUGAACCAACAAGUUGAAGCAGAAGUAGCAGCGCUAUCUCCACAGGAAACUGGAAUGGUGGAGAAGAAGAAGGAGAAAAGAGGGCAUGCAAGCUUCCAUACUCAGUGCAUUGUUCUUACAAAGAGAUCAUUUGUGAACAUGCGUCGUGAUGUAGGCUAUUACUGGCUACGCCUUGUCAUAUACGUCGCCGUGGCGCUAGGUCUGGCCACUGUGUUCUAUGAUUUGGGCACGAGCAAAAGGUCGUCUAUUCAAGAUAGAGUUUCACUUCUUGCGUUUGUGUCUUCCUUCAUAACUUUCAUGACCAUUGGUGGAUUCCCUUCAUUUGUAGAAGAUAUGAAGGUAUUUCAAAGAGAAAGGCUAAAUGGGCACUAUGGAGUGACAGCCUAUGUGAUAGGAAACACAUUAUCUUCAAUCCCAUACCUAGUGCUCGUGACUCUCAUUCCUGGGGCCAUAGCCUAUUACCUCCCAGGCCUUCAAAAUUCUGCUGAACACUUCAUGUUCUUCUGCAGUGUCCUAUUUUCAUGUCUGAUGUUAGUUGAAAGCCUGAUGAUGAUAGUGGCUAGCAUCGUCCCUAACUUCCUCAUGGGAAUCAUAACCGGUGCUGGUCUUCAAGGCAUCAUGAUCCUCGCAGGAGGCUUCUUCAGAUUGCCCAAUGAUCUUCCCAGAAUCUUCUGGAAGUAUCCUCUCUUCUAUGUCGCCUUCCAUAGAUACGCUUACCAAGGACUGUUCAAGAACGAGUUUGAAGGACUCAGAUUUGAUAAUCAUUCUGGGGAAGAGAUUCUGAGAAACGAAUUGCAAGUCAACAUGAGCUAUUCCAAGUGGGUUGACCUUGCCGUUCUUCUGGGGAUGAUCGUUGUGUAUAGAGUUGUGUUCUUGAUAAUCAUAAAGGGCACUGAGAAGAUGAAGCCUGUAGUUGCUUCUUUGCUUUCUGGAACUCCUAAGAGAAGCAUUCAGGUCAUGGCUAAUCCAAAUGCUACACCUUUACAGAAGGCUUUGCAUAAAUUAAAUCCAAUGAGUUAUUAGAAUGAGGUCAAUGCGUAUGCCUCCGAUCAAUGUACUGGACUCUACUUAAAAUAUUACUCCCUUUGUCACUUAUUAUAGAAUCUAAUUUUUUGAAUAGGUUUGUCUCUUUUUAUAAGAUC